AUGGGAGACAGGCUGCCGGAGCCUCACGCCAGCUCUUCCCCUGCUGUGGCUGCCAGCUCGGAGGCGGAAGAAAUCGAGGUGCUGGACUCCGAGGAUGUCCUACCUAUGGCCGCAGAGGAUCACUGGAAAGCCCUAUUUGAUCAGAAAAGUAGCUGUUCCUGCAGGCAGGCACUAAAGCAAGAGGAAAGCAGCUGGGAUGGAGCAGAAGUCAGGAAGCAGGCUGAAAUUUUUGAUCCUGACAACACUGGCUACAUCAGCACGGAGAAGUUUCGCUCCCUUCUCCAGAGACACGGCUCGGAGCUGGACCCCCACAAGCUGGAGGUCCUGCUAGCCCUGGCAGACAGCAACUCUGAGGGGAGGAUCUGCUACCAGGACUUCGUCAACCUGAUGAGCAACAAAAGGUCCAACAGUUUCCGCCAAGCCAUCCUGCAGGGGAACAGGAGGCUGUGCAGCAAGGCCCUGCUGGAGGAGACGGGGCUGAGCUUGUCUCAGAGGCUGAUCCGGCACGUGGCCUACGAGACCCUCCCGCGGGAGAUCGACCGCAAGUGGUACUACGACAGCUACACCUGCUGCCCCCCACCCUGGUUCAUGAUCACCAUCACUCUUGUAGAGGUUGCCUUUUUUCUUUAUAAUGGAGUGGUCUUAGACAGAUUUGUGCUGCAAGUCAGCCACCCCUUGUACCUGAAGAAUGCAUUACUGUACCAUCCCCAGCUUCGGGCCCAGGCUUGGAGGUACCUAACCUACAUAUUCAUGCAUGCAGGGAUAGAACACCUUGGGCUCAAUGUUGUCCUUCAGCUCUUGGUUGGGGUUCCUCUGGAAAUGGUGCACGGAGCUGCGAGGAUCAGUUUUGUGUACGUUGCAGGAGUUGUGGCAGGGUCCCUGGCAGUGUCAGUGGCUGACAUGAGGGCGCCGGUGGUGGGAUCCUCUGGAGGUGUGUAUGCUCUUGUCUCUGCUCACCUGGCCAAUAUUGUGAUGAAUUGGUCAGGAAUGAAGUGCCAAUUCAAACUGCUGCGCAUGGCUGUUGCCUUGAUCUGUAUGAGCUUUGAAUUUGGAAGAGCCGUGUGGCUGCGUUUCCACCCCUCCGCUUACCCCCCAUGCCCCCACCCCAGCUUCAUGGCUCACCUGGGAGGGGUGAUGGUUGGAAUCACCCUUGGUGUCAUCAUCCUGAGGAACUAUGAGCAGAGACUCCAAGAUCAGACUUUAUGGUGGAUCUUCCUUUCUAUUUAUGUCAUUUUUGUCUUGUUUGCCAUCUUCUGGAACAUUUUUGCCUACAGUCUGUUGGAUCUAAAGCUACCUCCCCCUCCUUGA